ACUAUGAAAGAGCUGCUCUUUCCCAGGACCUUCUGUUAUACAUGAGCUGCCUCGUGAGGCGCCUACACAUCAAGAACAACCAGGUGACCCAUCUUCAGAGGCUCGGUGCCACCAGCAACUCUCCUGCCAGAGCAGCUUUAACAAGGCAAAUAUGCAAUCCAGAGAAUCAGGUGACAGAGACGGAGCCAGAAAGCCUGGUGACAUUCAGCUGAGGAAGAAAGACACCACUGCGGAUUAUCUGAGUCAUCCAGAGGCCAUAACAGCGGUUUUGGAGGAGAUGGAGAAGAAACUAUCAGAAAUAUGGACUUGGCCUCUAACAGGUCCGGAAGAUGCAGGCAGAUAUAACGCCGCUCUAACACAGAUCCAGAAUGUGCUGAUGGAGGUGCUCAGCAAACACCAUAUGGAGAAGGAGAACCUUGCCCGAAAAUCCCGGAGUGUGCCCGACUACCUUCGGCACCGUGUGUUGAAAAGUCAACUCACCUCCCUCGCUUCACGUCAGAGGAACUUGGAGGAGAUCCUCCAGUUGCAAUCGCAUUUGGUAGAGAAGUUUGUAACCAUGAAGGCCAAACUUUCCACUCAGCCUCCCAACCAUCAGGACAGUACAGUAGUGAGACAGCAGCCAGAUCUGGUCUCCACGCCGGCCUCUUUUAAAGCUAGAGAAGAACACAGCUGCGGUCCAAAUGGUCAUAGAACAGAAAGCCAUGAACCAGUUACACGGACCAGUGUGUUAGGAUCGAUCCUUACAUUUCCCAUGCCUCCUGUUCAUUCAGCAAUGAAUGCGAGAGCCGGUAGCCAACAGAGCAGUGCCCCACAGCCAGGAAACACUUUACAACACAUCAACUUUCAGAUGAAAGGAAACAAUGCGCUGAUACAGACAAGAGCUGAAGACAACAGCAAACAUCUCUCUACGCUCAUCCAGAGGGGAGUUAUGGAAGUUGGAAGUCUUGUGAAGUUUUUUUUUAAGCAUGACUGGCUUUAUGCUAAUGUGCUAGAGGAUGGCUCAUUAAAGGACAAAAAAGGCAGUAAACACCCAACUCCAGAACACUGGUUGGAGGUUAUCCUUGGCAACAACAUCCCUGUCAGCUCAUCCUACGCCUGGGACAAGGUGCUGUUCAAAAACCAACCUUUGUCGCAUUACUUCUUGAACGGGCAGACUGAAGGUCCUGAGGACGAUGUCCGGCGCUACACGGCUGCUCCUUCUCAGCAGGCGCUGACCCCAGAGGCCGUUACCCUGAGAAGUCUUAUGAAAAUCAGGAUAAUUCAUCUGGUGGAUGACGCGGAGCUGCUGCCCAACGCCAUGAUGGACUGUUACUGGGAGAAGCUCCUUAAGAACGACUGUUCAGAGUCUGACGACUGGGGCACUGAAUUAUUAUAAUGAUCUCUCCACACACGUUCUCCAGAACUCUUUGUGAGGUUUACUUAAUCUCUGUUUUAUGACCAAUUCACUGUGGGUCUAAUGUGACUUCCAAACCCACCAAUGGGAUUGAAAAGUAUUUCCCUCUAAUUUAUUUAUCUUCGAUCCUUUCCCUCUUUACAGCUGUAAUGUUCUGUAUGUGUUUGUACUUCAGCUUUCUACCAGAAUGACACUGUAGUUUGUUACUGUAGCCAAAAACACUCAUUUCAGUGUUCUGUUCACCUGCCUGAAGCAAAAGCAAUAAAGAUAAUACAGUUGA